GGGCACCCCCUGGGGCCUGAGCUGCCCCGCACAGGAUGCCCCGAGCCCCCUACCUCAUGCCCUUGCUGCUACUGCUACUGCUGCUGCUGCUGUCACUUCCCCACACCCAGGCUGCCUUUCCUCAGGACCCCCUCCCUCUGUUGACCUCUGACCUGCAAGGUACUUCCCCGUUAACUUGGUUCCGGGGCCUGGAGGAUGAUGCUGUGGCUGCAGAACUUGGGUUGGACUUUCAGAGAUUCCUGACUUUGAACCGGACCUUGCUAGUGGCUGCCCGGGACCACGUUUUCUCCUUCGAUCUUCAAGCCCAAGAAGAAGGAGAGGGGCUGGUGCCCAACAAGUAUCUAACAUGGAGGAGCCAAGAUAUGGAGAACUGCGCGGUGCGGGGGAAGCUGACGGACGAGUGCUACAACUACAUUCGUGUUCUCGUUCCCUGGGACUCCCAGACACUCUUGGCCUGUGGGACAAACUCGUUCAGCCCUAUGUGCCGCAGCUAUGGGAUAACUUCGCUGCAGCAGGAGGGUGAGGAGCUGAGUGGGCAGGCUCGAUGCCCCUUUGAUGCCACCCAGUCCAAUGUGGCCAUCUUCGCAGAGGGCAGUCUGUACUCAGCCACCGCUGCAGAUUUCCAGGCCAGCGAUGCUGUCGUUUACCGAAGCCUUGGGCCUCAGCCCCCACUCCGUUCGGCCAAGUACGACUCCAAGUGGCUCCGAGAGCCACACUUUGUCCAUGCCUUGGAACAUGGAGAGCAUGUUUACUUCUUCUUCCGAGAGGUCUCUGUGGAGGAUGCCCGGCUAGGAAGGGUGCAGUUCUCCCGGGUGGCCCGGGUGUGUAAACGGGACAUGGGGGGCUCACCUCGAGCCUUGGACCGCCAUUGGACAUCCUUCCUAAAGCUGCGGCUCAACUGCUCUGUUCCUGGGGACUCUACCUUUUACUUCGACGUCUUGCAGGCAUUGACUGGGCCUGUGAACCUGCAUGGUCGCUCUGCUCUCUUUGGAGUCUUCACCACUCAGACCAAUAGCAUUCCUGGCUCUGCAGUCUGCGCCUUCUACCUGGAUGAUGUUGAGCGUGGGUUUGAGGGCAAGUUCAAGGAGCAGAGGAGUCUGGAUGGGGCCUGGACCCCUGUGUCUGAGGACAGGGUCCCUUCACCCAGGCCAGGGUCGUGUGCAGGUGUGGGAGGUGCUGCCUUGUUCUCCUCUUCUCAAGACCUCCCUGAUGACGUCCUGACUUUCAUCAAGGCGCACCCACUGCUAGACCCCGCUGUGCCGCCUGCCACCCAUCAGCCUCUCCUCACGCUCAGUAACAGGGCGCUAUUGACCCAGGUAGCUGUGGACGGUAUGGCUGGCCCCCAUAGUAACACCACCGUCCUGUUCCUUGGCUCCAAUGACGGGACAGUGCUGAAGGUGCUGCCCCCGGGGGGGCAAUCCGGGGAGCCUGAGCCCAUCCUAUUGGAAGAGAUUGAUGCCUACAGCCCUUCGCGGUGCAGCGGGAAGCGGGCAGCCCACACAGCACGACGGAUUAUAGGGCUGGAGCUGGACACUGAAGGUCACAGGCUUUUUGUGGCCUUCUCUGGCUGUAUUGUCUACCUCCCUCUGAGCCGCUGUGCCCGGCACGGGGCCUGUCAAAGGAGUUGUCUGGCUUCUCGGGACCCAUACUGUGGAUGGCAUAGCUCCAGAGGCUGUGUGGAUAUCAGAGGACCUGGUGGGCCUGAUGUGGCCCUCGCUGGGAACCACGAGCCCACGGAGCAUGGUGACUGCCGAGAUGGAGCCACCGGGAGUCAGUCUGGCCCUGGGGACUCUGCUUAUGGCGUGCGCCGGGACCUCCUCCCCGCCUCGGCCUCCCGCUCCGUCCCCAUCCCGCUGCUCCUGGCCAGUGUGGCCGCAGCCUUCGCCUUGGGCGCCUCGGUCUCCGGCCUCCUGGUCUCCUGUGUGUGUCGCCGCACCCACCACCGUCGGAACAAGGACGUGGAGUCGCCGGUGCUCCCGCGCCCUCUCUCGCUUCGCAGCCUGGCGCGGCUGCACGGGGCCGGCCUGGAGCCCCCGCCGCCGUCCAAGGACGCCGAGUACUCCGGGGGGCCCGGGAGACACCUCCUGUACCUGGGCCGGGCCGAGGGCUACCGCGGCCGCGCCCCGAAGAGGGUGGACGUGGACAAGUCCCCGUUGUCCCCCAAGUCUCCCCUCGUCGGGGCCGCCCCUCAGGGCAGCCAUUUUAACUUUUAG